UCCUUCUCCUCCUCCCAUUGUCUCUAACACCCGGCCAUUACUAUAAAAGAAGCCACUUUCUCACUAUCAUACCCACCGUUGUUCUCCACCUUCUCCAACUUUGUCCUCUUUUUCUCUCCUUGUUCUUGUUCCCCCCUCUCUUGUUCUUCUUGUUCUCAUUAGUUCAUUUUUCGUCCUAUUCUCCCUUAAUGCAACUAUAUAAUAUAUAUAUAUAUAUACCAUCGUAAGCCCUUAAGCUUAUAGGCCGCUUUUUUUUUUUUGAAUUGGGAAUUUAAAUUCAAGUUUUUGUCUCGAGUUGUUGUUACUGCGACUUGAGAUAUAGAGAUGGAGAAGCUCAGUUUUGUGAGGAAUGGAGAGCUGAGAUUGCCGCCCGGUUUCCGGUUCCAUCCUACCGACGAGGAGCUUGUUCUUCAGUACUUGAAGCGCAAGGUUUACUCUUGCCCUUUGCCGGCUUCCAUCAUCCCUGAAGUUGAAGUCUGCAAGUCCGAUCCUUGGGAUUUGCCAGGUGAAUUGGAGCAAGAGAGGUACUUUUUCAGCACAAGGGAGGCCAAGUACCCAAAUGGGAACAGAUCAAACAGAGCAACAGGUUCCGGGUAUUGGAAGGCAACUGGUUUGGACAAGCAAAUUGUGGCUUCAAGGGGUAACCAAGUUGUGGGGAUGAAGAAGACUCUGGUUUUUUACAGAGGAAAACCUCCACAUGGGACUAGGACUGAUUGGAUUAUGCAUGAGUAUCGGCUCGUUUUAGCUGAAGAUAAAAACAACUCAACCUCCCAAAGCCCUGUUCCGGUGAACAAUUGGGUUCUUUGCCGCAUAUUUUUGAAGAAGAGGGGAAGUGGUAAGAAUGAGGAAGAACAAGUUCAAGUGCAGGCCUGCAAUGUUGACCGAGUGGUUAAGAAACCAAGGAUUACUCGGCCUGUUUUCUACGAUUUCAUGACCAAAGACAGAACCAACUUGAGCCUUGCGCCUUGUUCUUCAUCCUCAGGUUCUAGUGGAGUCACAGAUGUCGUUUCUAGCGAGACAGAAGAGCAUGAAGAGAGUAGCUGCAAUAGUCUUUCUUAUUUUAGAAGAAAACAGUGAAGUCUAAACCAGUAAUCGAGCUAAGUUUCUUGUUGCUUAAAUUGUCAUAAUAACCAGUAAAGUCAGUCUUGGGUCCCUUCAAGUUUUAGAGCCUCUCUCUCCCUUGUCUGUGAUUCAAGAUAGAAAUCGGCGUUGAAGAAUUAACUUGUAGUUUGGUGUUAUUAUGAUGAGCAAAUUGAGCAAUGGAUGUUAGCAGAUGGUCUGUAAUUAAAUCCGAUCCCCAAGUUUUCUGAAUUUUAGAACACUUUGUUCGCA